AAAUGCUAGACUGAUAACAGUAACAAAAAUAACAACGACGAGCAAAAGAACAAGGAAAAAAAAAAUGCUUAUUAAAGAGUAUAGGAUACCACUUCCUCUCACCGUAGAGGAUCAUUUGCCUGGAUGGUUUAAGAGCUUGUUACCUAAAACCGCGCUGCAGACUCAAGAAGAAGCGUGGAACGCUUAUCCUUAUACUAAAACUCGAUAUACGUGUCCGUUUGUUGAAAAAUUUUCGGUUGAAAUAGAAACGUACUAUUUUCCAGAUAACGGGCAUCAAGAAAAUGUAUUCCAGUUGUCUGGUAGUGAUUUGCGUAAUCGAAUUGUUGAUUUUAUUGACGUGGUAAAGGAUAAGCCUGUUGGUGGUGAUUAUGUCCAAGAGGAAGAUCCUUUGCUGUAUGUAUCCCAAAAAACAGGCCGUGGACCGCUUACUGAAAAUUGGCUUCAAGAUUAUUGGGCUGAAGUUCAAGGAAGACCACAACCUACGCCUUCAGGAAAGUCACUGAUGUGUGCGUAUAAACUUUGUAGGGUUGAGUUCCGUUACUGGGGCAUGCAAACCAAGCUGGAAAAAUUUAUUCACGAUGUGGCAUUACGGAAAACUAUGGUACGAGCGCACCGUCAAGCGUGGGCAUGGCAAGAUGAAUGGAUCGGUUUGACAAUGGAAGACAUAAGACAAAUAGAAAAAGAGACUCAACUGGCACUGCAGCGAAAAAUGGCUGCUGCAGAAGCUGCUGAACGUGGUGAGAUGGCUAUUGAUGGCUACGAGGACAAUCACAGUGACUCAAAUACUCCAGCAGCGACGCCACAGGGAGCUACUGAUGUUGCCAAAACAUUUGCUGCAACUCUUGGUAGCAUUGAGAAAAACGAAGAUCUCCAAAGUCCGCCGUCUAUUCGUAAACCUUCGGAUAUUCCUGUUAUUAAUACCGCUCGUAGUUCUGAAGGUGAUAUCAGCCCUGAAGAUUCUCCUACUACAGUUUUACCACCUGGGUCAAAGAUUACUCUUAACAAAUUUGAAACUAAAAAAGUUUGGAAGCACACCAGUCAUUCAAUUCACUCCCCGAGUUCUGCUAAAAGCUUCGACAUCCAGAUUGCUAAUUGGCGUAUGGAGAGUAUCGUCCGUGAAUCUGAAUCAGGCAGCGAGGAUGAAUUUUUUGAUUGCCAAGAAGACUUUGGUGACAAUACAUCUCUGGCAAAGUGGAGCUCGUUGGACCUCUUGACGGACAAAGAAGACUCCCUGUCGCCUUCAGUACCAACAGCAUCAGUAGCUGGAGUAUCAUCUUCAAGCAGCAGGCAUGACGACAGUAUAUUUUCCCACUCAUACUUGCAGCGAGUCGCCAGUGAGCGUAGUGGUAAAAGACUUCACAUACGUCCGUCAGCGAGUAUAGAUUUAUCAUGCCCAGCUUCACCUCAACACUCACCAACGCACCAGCCCUGCCGAACAACGGUAUUACUGAUAGUUAUGCAUGCCGGCAGUGUCCUGGAUGCCAAUGUUGAUUUAUCUGCUAAAAAAUCAGACAUAACAACAUUUCGCGGUGCCUUUGAAUCUGUUAUGCGUCAACAUUAUCCCAGUAUGGUUGGACAUAUUGCUGUAAGAUUUGUCUCAUGUCCAUCAAUAUGUACCGAGGGAUUGGGAAUACUAUCCAGCUUAAGUCCUUACAGUUUUGACGUAUCACCCUGUUGUGUUGACUCUCCACAAAUUACAAAUGACACCAUUCCAAUAGGAUCAAUCCCACUGUUGGCAUGUUCAUCUUCGGAUUAUCAAGAUGCUGUUUCAAAAGUUAUCACCGGAGCUAAUCAAGUAUUUGGAGAAUUUAUAAAAUCGGAUGAAGGUCGUGGAUUUGCUGGACAAAUAUCAUUUGUCGGAGACUCUGUUGGUUCGAUAUUAACUUACGAUGCGCUCUGUCGGUCCGUUCAAUAUCAAUCGAGACACGACAGUGAAAAUAGUAUUUUAGAAAACGACAAUCAACCUGGAGGUGAUCAAAGUGAAGAUGGCAAACACUUAACGGCACCUUUACCAAGAAGACGUUCAUCAUCAACCAGCGAUUCAUCUCAAUGUAAAUUAGAAUUUGACGUCAGUGAAUUUUUUAUGUUUGGCAGUCCGCUGGCGUUAGUCCUUGCUUAUCGUAAAAUAUCCUCAAGCAAUGAUAAAGGCACAACGGUGCCUAGGCCGCUUGUCAAUCAAGUCUACAAUCUAUUUCAUCCUACGGAUCCGGUAGCUGCGCGCUUAGAACCUAUUAUAUCAGCUCGAUUUUCACAGUUACCUCCGGUCAAUGUCGCACGUUAUCAAAAAUAUCCGCUCGGCAACGGACAACCUUAUCAUUUACUUGAAGCCAUUCAAACGAAUCCACAAUUGUUUGCUGAUGGAUUGAAUGCUCCAAACACACCACUUCAGCAUCUAAGAAGAAUGUCUGACAUAUCUCUUCAAAGUACCAUGUCGGUAACACACAAGUGGUGGGGAAAUAAAAGAAUAGAUUACGCACUCUACUGCCCAGAAGGUCUUGCAAACUUUCCAACAAAUGCAUUACCGCAUUUGUUCCACGCAAGUUACUGGGAAUCAUCAGACGUAAUUGCAUUUAUAUUAAGACAAAUUGGUAGAUUUGAUUUGCCGAUGCUUGGUGGUGAAGAAAAAGAUUUAGCCUGUUUCCGUCCAGGUCAGCCACGAGAAAAGUGGAAUAAAAAACGUACCUCGGUUAAACUUAAGAAUGUCGCGGCGAAUCAUCGAGCUAAUGACGUAAUCGUACGCGAAGGUUUGCCGCAGAUAUUAAUUGCAAGAUUUAUGUACAGCCCCAUAGAUGUUAUCGCAUUGACUGGCGAAAAGGUUGACAUUCAUGUGAUGAAGGAUGCACCCGCUGGAGAAUGGACAUAUCUAUCAACAGAAGUAACGGAUAAAAAUGGUCGAAUUACUUAUAGAAUACCCGAUGAUAAAGCAUUAUCUUACGGUCUUUAUCCAAUUAAAAUGGUUGUAAGAGGUGAUCACACGUCUGUAGAUUUUUUUAUGGCUGUAAUACCUCCAAAUACAGAGUGUGUUGUGUUCAGUAUUGACGGAUCUUUUACAGCAAGUAUGAGCGUGACAGGACGAGAUCCAAAAGUCCGUGCUGGUGCUGUUGAUGUCGCUAGACAUUGGCAAGAACUUGGAUAUCUAAUAAUAUAUAUAACAGCUCGACCAGACAUGCAGCAGCAAAAGGUAGUCUCUUGGUUAUCACAGCACAAUUUUCCACAUGGAUUAGUGUCUUUUGCUGAUGGAUUGUCUCGCGAUCCGCUUGGCCAUAAAGCUGCUUACUUGAACAACUUGAUCCAUGAGCACGGUGUAAUAAUUCAUCAGGCGUACGGUAGCAGCAAGGAUAUUGCCGUUUAUACGGCAGUUAAUUUAAAACCCCGGCAAAUAAUUAUUGUUGGGAAAGUGCCGAAGAAGCAUCAAUCACUGGCGACUGUACUCAGUGAAGGAUACGCUGCUCAUUUAAGUCAACUGCAAUCUUAUGGUGGAUCAAGACCUGCUCAGGGUAAUGCGAGAAUGGUGAUACCUCGAGGACAAUUUGGUUUACCUGGUUUAAAUUCGUCGCUUCGACGAAGAAGUAAAACGCGUUCGAAUACGAGCCACGGCUCUAUUUUUCCAGUAAGGAGACAACGGUCAGCACAUCAGCUCGCAACAGCUUCUUUUAGGACAGCCAAACGUACCAUAUCAUCUUCAAUGUUUCAAAAUAAAUCGGAACAACUGGAACGGAGCACAAGUGUUGGGCCAUCAUCGAGAAGAUCAUCACCGCCUCUUACAAAAACAACUACUUCUGAUAAACCC